CGUCAACCAGCAUUGAUUCGUGCAUGUCCCGUGUUUCAUUGUGAUUUCCUGUCAGGUUUUAUUGUUAUUGUUGCAUCAGAUCGUGGAAAAUGGCAAGCACAGGAGAUACAGCAAAGGCAAAGCGGGUGCAGCCACCAUGGUCUCCGCCAGAAGGAACAGAUGUUUCAAAGCUGCAUCUUUAUAACAGCCUCACACGGACCAAGGAGGUGUUUGUACCACAGAAGGGCAACAAGGUUUUGUGGUACUGCUGCGGCCCCACUGUUUAUGAUGCUUCUCACAUGGGUCAUGCCAGGUCUUACAUUUCUUUUGACAUACUUCGGAGAAUACUGAAGGAUUAUUUCAAAUACGAUGUCUUCUACUGUAUGAACGUCACAGAUAUUGAUGACAAAAUCAUCAAAAGAGCCCGACAGAACUACCUGCUGGAGCAGUAUGGAGAGAAGAAGCCCAGUCCCUCUCAGAUACUGCAGGAUGUGUUAACAGCCCGAACGCCAUUUAAAGCCAAGCUUGCUGAAACUACUGACCCAGAUAAGAAACAGAUGCUGGAGAGGCUGGAUGCAGCAGUGGAUGCUGCCCUUGGUCCCCUACAGAUGUCAGUGCAGAGCAACGCUGCAGGCGAUACACUCCAGAAUCAGGCACAGGUCUUAUUGGAGGAGGCUAAGGAUCUCUUGUCAGAUUGGUUAGACUCCCAAUUUGGGAGCCAAGUGACGGAAAACUCAAUCUUCUCUUUGUUGCCAAAAUACUGGGAGGGAGAGUACCAUAAAGAUAUGGAAGCCCUGAAUGUGACAAGGCAGCUUCGUUUGGCCUUUCUGAUGCAUUCAUGGAAAGACACAUUGGAUUACUCCAACAACACAAUGGAGUCAGCCAUCCAAUAUGAGAGAUUCAUAAACGAGUUCUUCCUAAAUGUUAAAGAUAUUCUGAGGAGCCCUACAGACAUCACUGGCCAGUUUGAGAAAUGGGAAGCUGAGGAGAUUGAACUAAACAAAAGCUUCUAUGAGAAGAAAACAUCAGUUCACGAGGCGCUGUGUGACAACAUAGACACUCGUUCGGCUCUGGAGGAGAUGCGUGCUCUUGUUGGUCAGAGUAACACCUACAUGGCUGCCAGAAGGAGUGCAAAACUACCGCCUAACCGCAUGCUGCUGCAGAGCAUUGCCCUGUAUUUGACCGACAUGCUUAAGACAUUUGGAGCGAUUGAGGGAAGUGAGCCCAUUGGCUUCCCUGUUGGAGGAAACGGACAGAAUGCUGAUUUGGAGAGCACAGUCAUGCCCUAUUUGUCAGUGCUGUCAGAUUUCAGAGAAGAUGUGAGAAAAAUUGCAAGAGAGAAAAAAGUGACAGAAUUGCUGCGGCUGUGUGACGAAUUGCGUGAUGAUACUUUACCUGAGCUGGGUGUCCGAUUGGAGGAUCGGGAUGGACUUCCCACGUCUGUGAAAUUGGUGGACAAAGAAACACUUCUGAAGGAAAGAGAAGAGAGGAAGAAGAUGGAAGAUGAAAAGAAAAAGAAAAAAGAGGAGGCUGCCAGGAAGAAACAAGAACAAGAGAUGGCAAAGCUGGCAAAAAUGAAGGUUAAGCCCAGUGAAAUGUUCCGGUCAGAGACUGACAAGUAUUCCAACUUUGAUGAAACGGGCUUCCCAGCACAUGAUGCUGAGGGAAAGGAGCUCAGUAAGGGACUGGCCAAAAAGCUUCGCAAGCUUUACGAGGCUCAGGAGAAACUGUAUAAUGAAUACCUCCAGUCGACCCAGAACGGGAGCUGAGAACCUGAUGUGUUUAGUCUGAUGUGAACUGUCCGCCCUUACUGUCUGUUGUGAACUUGUCUUGUGUUAAAGGCAGCAAAACUUAAAGACCUCAUCUGUGAGUUUUGGCUCUAUAUGGUAAGGUUUUGCCCAAAUCCUUCUGGUCAUGUUUGGAAGGUUGUUUUUUUUUUAUGCUCUGCGAAGUAUUUUAUGACUAUGGUAUUAAGGGCAUAUACUUUUCAUUGUGUGUUUUCUGCACACAUAGAACAAAGAUGCAAGUAUAUCAGAACUUUUCUAAUAUGGGUUUGGUGUUUAUAUGAUGUAUGCCAGAAAUAUUUAGCUGUUCAUGUGGAAAAGGAUCAAACAUUCAAUGUUUUCAUUAAUGAUUUUUUAAAUCUGGCUGGUCAAAGAGGUGUUUUCUCCAAAACACUGUUUACAGAUCAACUAGUGAUAAAUAUGAUUCCUCCUGAAUCAAAAAAAUCUCAGAUGAUACAGGAAUGAAGGGACUUCAGGUUUGUAGGUUUACAACAAAUGGAAAAACAGAGGCAUACAUAAGAGCACCAAUUAUUUUUAGUGUUAACAUACUCUUUAUAAGAACAUGAAAUUCCAAAAUAAAAAAAGGAUUUUGAAUAAUGU